ACUCUCGCCGCCUCUCUUCCUCUCUGCCGGACACCGCCAUCUACGGUGGCCUCACCACUCAGAGAGUUUUGGUACUGCAAAUGGAGAAUCAAAUCCCCAUUGAGCUCUCAGCAGAGGCAAGCAUUCUGUUCCAAGAAGGCAUCAAUUUGCUUCUCUCUCAAUGGGCAGCGCUUCAGAUGGCCAUCGACAACGAGUGGGGAGGCCGUCAUUCUCGCCAGAGAUCCCAACAGCUCGCUCUCGAUAUUUUUUCUGGUCUUACUCAUACCCAACCAGAAGGGAGACUAUAUUUUAAUGAUUUAGAGAAUAUGCUUGAUGAAUUUAUGGUUUCUCUUAAUACUUGGAUUGAAGAUGGAAGCACUGAGGAGACUAAGGGGAAUCGCUCAUCCUGCAAUUGCUGCUGCUCCCGCAAUUGCCGCUCCUCCUGCAAUUGCCGCUCCUCAGUUUGA